AUGAACGAUACACAUGCUCCUUAUGACAAACGUAUAAUUGGAGCAGCCAUGAACAGCCCAGACUUUUCUAGAGAUUUCAAUUGUUCUUUGGGAUCUAACAUGAAUCCUUGUAUCGAAGUAGUCUCAAAAUUUAUCAAGUGCUAUAUCAUUGUUAAAAUGAUUAAUAAUUAUUUUAAGGAGAUUUUUAGAUCAAUUUGGUUUGUAGUAUUCUUUUUCAUUUUUGCAGCAGCUAAAAAUGUGUCCAAUCAAACUGACUGUUCAGAAACGUAUUGCUGUAAAACACGGGACUGUUUUAUAAACAACAUAAAGUACAGUAGAUGUGAAUUUGUUGAAAAAUAUGAACAUCAAAGUCAAACCAUGUGA